AUGCCUACUUACCUCGUUUGUCUCAUCGCCGACCUCGGCUCCUCGUGGAACCAUCACUGUACAUUCGUUUCCAUCCAUUCCGACGACUCAGACUAUAUAUUUCAAAUCUCAGGACAUAUCCAAAGUGGUAUGGCAUUCGGCUACAAAGCCGCUUCUGUAUCGGAAGCUUGGCCUUCAUUUAUCUCUAAAGAGUACUAUAGCACUGUUUCCGUGGCGAAUUAUUCUCAAACCCAGGAGGUAGUUGAGACUUAUAACCGCCAAAGAAGCAACUUGACGGUCCGUGGAGGCUGUUCCUUGAGAAGAGGCUUAGGAGGUGUCAAGAAUCAACGAAGGAGGCUGCUGAGUUUGAGGGGUUUUCGGUUUGACAUGCGCACUUCUAUAAAGCCGUUCAGCAAAGAUGGAGGAAUCCCCAGUAAACCUAUCCUCGUUGCCGCCAUUACCUACUCCAUUUUUAGCACACAUGAGAAAACACGUCGAAGCACCAGCCAAAGACAACAAGACAAGAUCUUUAGGCAACCUAAUGGAUGUUACCUGAAUUCUAGAACAUAUCUAGUCUUGUUCACUAAUCCACUUGAUUACCCUUCACAUGUGACAGUACGUCGAUUUCAAGCUAGUCUGAUACCACCACUUCAUCUGCGCCCGCUUCAUGAAGAUGCCCCAACUCCAUGA